AUGGCGAUAGGGGUCUUUAGCGAGGAGAAGGCUGUCAAGGCCGAUGUCGCCGAUGGCCUGUCACCAGAAGACCCGGAAUCCCAAACCACGCCGGACUCGUGGGAAGUACGGAAGAUGGCUCGCAUUGGCAAACCCAUCAUUAAAGCUGUUUCCCAUGCCGAUGGAGGUGCCGUCACCGGAGACACCGCCUCCGACGCAAGCGUGUGGAUCGGCAAGCAAAUAGAGCUAGAGGCUGACAAUGCCAUCCGCUACCGAACAUGCGGCUGGACAAAGACGGCUGCGCUCCUCUUCUCCGAGUACAUCUGCUUGGCCAUCAUGUCCUUCCCAUACUCCUACGCCACUCUUGGUCUCGUCCCAGGCUUGAUCCUGACGGUCGUGGUCGCCGGUCUGGUGUUAUACACUUCCUUGAUCGUCUGGGAGUUUUGCAUGCGCCACCCAGAAGUCAAAGAUGUCUGUGACAUUGGCCAGUUACUCUUCUGGAACAAGAAAUGGGCCUGGUACUUCACGGCAGUCAUGUUCUUGUUGAACAACACUUUCAUCCAGGGCUUCCACUGCCUCACCGGAGCCAAGUAUCUUAACACCAUGACAAACGGCCACAGCGCCGUAUGUACUGUCGGCUUCAGCGCCAUCACUGCCGUGGUAUCCUGGGUAUGCUCGCUACCCCGGACCUUUGGCACUUUAGCUCUCAUCGCCACCUUCUCUGCCUUGUUCACUUUCGUGUCCGUCAUGCUGGCGACCAUCUUCGCUGCCGUCGAAGAUCAUCCGGGCGCUGGCUGGCCUUCUCUGGGCGACCCCACCGUCUUCUACACGAGGCCACCACCGGGCACGACGUUCGUCAUGGGUCUCAACGCCUUUAUGAACAUCAGCUACACCUUCAUCGGCCAGAUCGUCCUCCCCUCAUUUAUCGCCGAGAUGAAAGAGCCCAAGGAUUUCCCCAAGGCUCUUUGGGCUAUCACCAUCGCCGAGGUUAUCGUCUUUUCCCUGGUCGGUUCCAUCAUCUAUGCCUACACUGGUACCAAUUAUAACACGGCCCCAGCCUUUGGCUCUCUGGGUAACAUCACGUAUCUCAAGGUCAGCUUUAGCUUCAUGAUUCCCACCAUCAUCUUCCUCGGCGUCUUGUACGCGUCCGUAUCCGCCCGCUUCAUCUUUUUCCGCCUCUUCGCCGGCACCCGCCGCAUGGGCGAAAACACCGUCGUCGGAUGGUCCGCUUGGGCGGGCAUCUUAGGCGUGACCUGGAUCCUGGCCUUCAUCAUCUCCGAAGUCAUCCCCUUCUUCGCCGAUCUGCUAGCCCUCAUGAGCUCGCUCUUCGACAGCUUCUUCGGCUUUAUUUUCUGGGGAGUCGCUUACCUACGCAUGCGCCGCGCUACGUAUGGCGCCAGGUUCUGGGAGGCUCGUGGGUUCCGCUGCUGGCUCGGCUUGGUCUUUAACAUUAUCUUGAUUCUUAUUAGUAUCUUCUUCUUGACUGUUGGCACGUACGCUUCCGUCGACAGCAUCGUCCAGGGGUACAAAGGUGCAGGAUUUGGGGGCCCAUUUAGUUGUGGGAACAAUGGCCUACUUGGGUAA